UAUUUCCUUUUUUUGUUAGGGUACAAUUCAUAUCUGAUAUACUGUUUGAUUAAGGCGAUUUUAGAUAAAAAAUUAUGGCAAAUAAACCCUUAGUUGUAACUGGAUUCAUCUUCUGGCUGAUCGCCACUGGCAUGUUCUUGGCUGCCAUGCUAACCAAGUUUUGGAAAAGUCUCCUUCAGCAGGCUUUUCAUUUCAAUCUUUUUGAAAAUUGCGUGUCAUCCGUAUGUGUUCAAGCUGGUUGGGAUCCUUCGUCUGUCGGCUUAGCAAUGUUUGUACCUCGCAUCCUGAUGUUGGUAGCUGCAUUUUUUAUUCUGCUUGGUGUUGUGAUUGGGUUGGUCGGUUUGUGCAGUGACAGGAAUAAAUGUUGCAUGGUGGCUGAAGGUGUUCUUACAAUCGUGGGAGGUAUUGUGGCCUUGUGCGCAUGCGCCGUUUAUACUGGGUUAAACCAUAACAGUUUUAUCAACUUCGGGUAUUCCUUCUACUUUGGAUGGGUCUCUGGGGUUGGAUAUAUUGUAGCUGGUGCUCUACAUGCUGCUGGCAGUAAAUAAACUAUAAUGUGUUGUACUAUAAUGCAUAUUUAUCAUACUAUAACUAUAAUGCAUAUUUAUAAGAUUUAUAGUUGGUCACCAGAACAUACCAACGGUAUUGUGACACUGACACAGUCCUAUACACACUGUAUAUUCUUUGUUUAUAAAAUUAUAGAACUGUGUUGUUG